CCAAACACCUGUUAUUCGCGUGUAACCCAGUGGCACGGCAUGGAAAAGCGAGCUAUUGGCAGAAGGCGCUACGACGAGAACGAGGACCUCUCGGAUGUGGAGGAAAUCGUCAGCAUCAGGAGUUUCAAUUUGGAGGAGAAAUUAAAGAGUAAAACGUAUCGCGGGGAUUUCGUGCGUGCCAUGGACGGGAAAGAUUUUACUUUUGAGUAUGUGCAAAGAGAAGCUUUGAGAGUUCCCCUCAUCUUCAGAGAUAAGGAUGGACUGGGAAUUAAAAUGCCUGACCCGGAUUUCACCGUCAGAGAUGUGAAGCUAUUAGUGGGCAGCCGCCGCAUCGUGGAUGUGAUGGAUGUGAACACCCAGAGAGGAGUGGAAAUGAGCAUGUCUCAGUUUGUGAGGUACUACGAAACGCCAGAGGCCCAGCGUGAAAAACUCUACAACGUCAUCAGCCUGGAGUUCAGUCACACAAAGCUGGAGAACAUCGUCAAGCGCCCCAACGUGGUGGACCUAGUCGACUGGGUGGAUAAUAUGUGGCCACAGCACUUGAAAGAGAGCCAGACGGAUGCGACCAAUGCCAUUUCAGAGAUGAAAUACCCCAAAGUGAAAAAGUACUGUUUGAUGAGUGUGAAAGGAUGCUUCACUGAUUUCCAUAUUGAUUUCGGUGGCACUUCAGUGUGGUAUCACGUUUUCCGUGGGGGGAAGAUCUUCUGGCUGAUUCCGCCUACUCUGCAGAAUCUAGAACUUUAUGAAGAAUGGGUCCUCUCAGGAAAGCAAAGUGAUAUCUUCCUGGGAGACAGGGUGGAGCGAUGCCAAAGAAUUGAGCUGAAACAAGGCUAUACGUUCUUCAUUCCUUCAGGGUGGAUUCAUGCGGUUUAUACUCCAGUAGAUUCUCUGGUGUUUGGUGGAAAUAUCCUGCAUAGCUUUAAUGUUCCCAUGCAGCUUCGCAUCUAUGAAAUUGAGGACAGAACAAGGGUGCACGCCAAGUUCCGCUAUCCUUUCUACUAUGAGAUGUGCUGGUAUGUUCUGGAGAGAUACGUGUCCUGUGUGACCCAGCGCUGCCACCUCAGCAAGGAGUACCAGCAAGAAUCAAUGUUAAUUGAUGCAAAAAGAAAGCGCAGCGUAGACAGCUAUUCAUCCGAUUCGUGGUUAGACAUGGAUGAAGAAUCCUGUGAUGCCCAUAUCCGGGAGGAGAAGGAGGAYGGCUUGGAUGUGAACGCCAAGUCCUUGGCGGAUGGCUCCUCCUCGCCCAACAGCACCCACUCGGAAGGGAAGGAAGGUGCAGGGAGAAAACAGAAAGCUACAGCAAUGCGAUACCUAAAAAGAACUUUGUCUAAUGAAUCAGAUGACAGCAUAAAAUCGACGACCCCCACGGACUAUCCCAAAACCCCAACAGGGUCUCCAGCUACAGAAGUUUCAACCAAAUGGACUCACCUCACGGAAUUUGAACUGAAGGGUUUAAAAGCCCUGGUGGAAAAGCUUGAAUCUCUCCCAGAGAACAAGAAGUGUGUUCCGGAAGGAAUCGAAGACCCCCAGGCCCUCCUAGAGGACAUGAAG